UGGGUGGUCAUUGCUGACCUACAGGAGGAGCCACUCACCACAGUCAACAACAAAGGAUGACAGUCUUUCUUUUCAAUAUUUAUUUAUAUCCAAUAUUUAUUGUCAUUGCUGAUUAUGGAGGGAUCUCUUCUGUGUUCUAAUGCUGCAAUAUUUUGGGUCUUUCAGUGUCUGAAAAUAUAUAUUUGCAUUAUGACAUCAUUAACAUUUUUAUAACUUUCUACUUCUUUCUUUCUUUGUGCUGGUUUCUAGAGCCACUCAUAAAUCUCUCAGCAACUGCAUCGUGUCCAGGGCUGGAGACUGGCCACUCCUGGCAUUGUGAUUAGAAUCAUUUAACACCCAGGAUAGUGACUAAUGUCUGGCAACGAAGGCUCUACUAGCUGUCCUGUGUCCUGGGACCCUGGGCACAGGCACACUAGAGGUGCCUUAUCAUUGUGUAUCAGUACCAUGAGAAAAAGUUAAGGACCAGGUGGAUCCAUGUGGGCACCAUUGGGAAAUGAGAGCCCUGUCCCCGUGACCAAUGCCAGUACAACCUGUUAGCCUAAAAUCAGUUUAAAACAAAGGUACUCACCUUUGUCUUAUCUUCAUACUCUAGGCUUUUAAUAAUAUUUUUUUUCACAUGUUUACAGAAAGCAGUCAACUGAGCUAUUCGUGGAAAGGUUUGUGGGUUUGGUUAACGAGGUGGAGGAGUAUUACAUUUCAGCUGGAAACACAUCCCUAGAAUGCCAAAACAUUUAUUCCAAAGUCUGGUUUCCUGGUGCAAUCGGAGGCAUGGCAAUAGUGUGUCUGUUCAGAGACUAGGGGCUGGGGCCAGCAAGGCAUUUGAUCCACAUGUAUCCCAGAAGGCUUUUAUUGUUAAAUUAUAUUCUUCAGGAAAAACCACUCAUGUCACAUUUUGUAAACUUGAUAUCCAUACACUUUUGACUGGCAUUCUAUUUAGCCGUUAAGACUAUGAUUUACAGCAAGCCUGUUUUUCCUCUUGCUUAGGAUGGCAGCAGAAAGCAUGGGGCACUCUGUAGGCUCCAAAGCAAGGAGCACAGGGGCUGGAGUUUGCUUUCCCCAGUAGUGCUCUCUCUGGCUGUGCCACACUGCUCUCCACGAGCAGACAGCAGAGUAUCCCCCACUCCCUACUGCCAUUCAUCCAGCGCUGUGCAGCAGCCCAGCUGCCGUGUCUGCCGGGAGGGGCUGCCAAGUGCCCUGCCUACUGGCUGCUUCCCGAAUCCCUGCCAUUCCACACACAAACACAUCCACACACGCUCUCUGCCUCUCUCACACACAAGGCAUUCGCACAUGCGAGUACAUUCCUUCCUUCCUUCUCACUACCUCGGCCCUCAACUUCUACAAGCCCAUGGAACAUUUCUGGAAAGACGCUCUUGAUCCAGCAGGGUGGCCCGUCGGCUGCUGAGCCCUCUGCCGCGCGGGGAGACGGUGUGCGCCUUGCCCGCGGCCGCUGACCAUGACUAUGACCCUCCACUCCAAAGCGUCCGGAAUGGCCAUGCUGCACCAGAUCCAAGGGAACGAGCUGGAGCCCCUGAACCGCCCGCAGCUCAAGAUCCCCCUGGAGCGGCCCCUGGGCGAGGUGUACGUGGACAGCAGCAAGCCCGCCGUGUACAACUACCCCGAGGGCGCCGCGUACGAGUUCAACGCCGCGGCCGCCGCCUCCGCGCCAGUCUAUGGCCAGUCCGGCCUCGCUUACGGCCCCGGGUCCGAGGCUCCUCCGUUCGGCGCCAACGGCCUGGGGGCUUUCCCCCCGCUCAGCGGCGUGUCUCCGAGCCCGCUGGUGCUGCUGCAAACGCCGCCGCAGCUCUCGCCGUUCCUGCAGCCCCACGGCCAGCAGGUGCCCUACUACCUGGAGAACGAGCCGAGCGGCUACGCCGUGCGGGAGGCCGGCCCUCCAGCGUUCUUCAGGCCAAAUUCAGAUAAUCGACGCCAGGGUGGCAGAGAGAGAUUGGCCAGUGCCAAUGACAAGGGAAGCAUGGCCAUGGAGUCUGCCAAGGAGACUCGCUACUGCGCAGUGUGCAAUGACUAUGCCUCAGGCUACCAUUAUGGAGUCUGGUCCUGUGAGGGCUGUAAGGCCUUCUUCAAGAGAAGUAUUCAAGGACAUAAUGACUACAUGUGUCCAGCUACCAACCAGUGCACCAUUGAUAAAAACAGGCGGAAGAGCUGCCAGGCCUGCCGGCUUCGCAAAUGCUACGAAGUGGGGAUGAUGAAAGGGAUACGGAAAGACCGAAGAGGAGGGAGAAUGUUGAAACACAAACGCCAGAGAGAUGAUGGGGAAGGCAGGAAUGAAGCAGGGCCCUCUGGAGACAUGAGAGCUGCCAGCCUUUGGCCAAGCCCUCUCUUGAUUAAGCAUACGAAGAAGAACAGCCCGGCCUUGUCCCUGACAGCUGAUCAGAUGGUUAGUGCCUUGUUGGAGGCUGAGCCCCCCAUAGUCUAUUCUGACUACGAUCCUACAAGACCCUUCAGUGAGGCCUCGAUGAUGGGCUUGCUGACGAACCUGGCAGACAGGGAGCUGGUUCACAUGAUCAACUGGGCAAAGAGGGUGCCAGGCUUUGUGGAUUUGACCCUCCACGAUCAGGUCCACCUUCUGGAAUGUGCGUGGCUAGAGAUCCUGAUGAUUGGUCUUGUCUGGCGCUCCAUGGAGCACCCAGGGAAGCUCCUGUUUGCUCCUAACUUGCUCUUGGACAGGAACCAGGGGAAAUGUGUAGAGGGCAUGGUGGAGAUCUUUGACAUGUUGCUGGCUACAACGUCUCGGUUCCGUAUGAUGAAUCUGCAGGGAGAGGAGUUUGUGUGCCUCAAAUCUAUCAUUUUGCUUAAUUCUGGAGUGUACACAUUUCUGUCCAGCACCCUGAAGUCUCUGGAAGAGAAGGACCAUAUCCACAGGGUCUUGGACAAGAUCACAGACACCUUAAUCCACCUGAUGGCCAAAGCAGGCCUGACCCUGCAGCAGCAGCACCGGCGCCUGGCCCAGCUCCUCCUCAUCCUCUCGAACUUCAGGCACAUGAGUAACAAGGGCAUGGAGCAUCUGUACAACAUGAAGUGCAAGAACGUGGUGCCCCUCUACGACCUGCUGCUGGAGAUGCUGGAUGCCCAUCGCCUGCACGCGCCCACCGGCCGCCCUGGGGGGGCGCCCGUGGAGGAGGCAAACCAGGGCCAGCUGGCAGCCCUGGGCUCCACUUCAUCGCAUUCCUUGCAAAAGUAUUACGCCACCACCACCACCGGGGAGGCAGAGAGUUUCCCCACCACAGCCUGAGAGCUCCCGGGCU